CGAGGCCGAUGCCUCCGACGAAGUGGGCAUGCUGCCUGCCUCACCCCGCUCCACAGUGGCCGGCUUCGACAACUUCUUCCCGGUGCAGGAGGGCGAGGGCCCAGGUUGGGAGGGCAGCACAGCGCUGGAGGCAGGCUCGAGCCCCUUCCUCCCCGUGAGCCCCGAGGUAAUGAAGCGGAGGCGCGGGGGCCUCAUCGAGCAGAGGGACAUCAUCAAGGCCCACGAGGCACACAAGAUGCAAAGCACCCCGCAGGCCCGGCGCAAGGAGUGGGAGAUGGCUCGCUUCGGGGAGGCAGUGGUCGUCGGCAGGCCGGGGUCAGGCGAUGGAGACUCGGACCAGAGCAGGAACCGACAAGGAACCCCUGUACCCGCCUCUGGGCCGGCAGCUGCCUACAAGCAGUCGAAAGCGCAGAGGGCGCGGACUAUGGCUUUGUACAACCCCAUUCCCGUCCGGCAGAACUGUUUCACCGUCAACAGAUCCCUGUUCAUCUUCGGAGAAGAUAACAUUGUCAGGAAAUAUGCCAAGAAGCUCAUCGAUUGGCCGCCAUUUGAGUACAUGAUCCUGGCUACCAUCAUUGCCAACUGCAUCGUCUUGGCUCUGGAGCAGCAUCUUCCUGAGGAUGACAAGACCCCGAUGUCCCGAAGACUGGAGAAGACAGAACCAUAUUUCAUUGGGAUCUUCUGCUUUGAAGCUGGGAUCAAAAUUGUGGCCCUAGGGUUCAUCUUCCAUAAGGGUUCAUACCUCCGCAAUGGCUGGAAUGUCAUGGACUUUAUUGUGGUCCUCAGUGGCAUCCUGGCCACUGCGGGAACCCACUUCAAUACCCAUGUGGACUUGCGGACACUCCGGGCUGUGCGUGUCCUGAGGCCCUUAAAGCUUGUGUCAGGAAUACCUAGCUUGCAGAUCGUGUUGAAGUCCAUCAUGAAGGCCAUGGUGCCUCUUCUGCAGAUUGGCCUUCUGCUUUUCUUUGCCAUCCUCAUGUUUGCCAUCAUUGGCUUAGAGUUCUACAGUGGGAAGUUACAUCGAGCAUGCUUCAUGAACAAUUCAGGCAUCCUAGAAGGAUUUGAUCCUCCGCACCCAUGUGGUGUGCAGGGCUGCCCAGCUGGUUACGAAUGUAAAGACUGGAUCGGUCCCAAUGAUGGAAUCACCCAGUUUGAUAACAUCCUUUUUGCUGUGCUGACUGUCUUCCAAUGCAUCACCAUGGAAGGGUGGACCACUGUGCUGUACAAUACCAAUGAUGCCUUAGGAGCCACCUGGAAUUGGCUGUACUUCAUCCCCCUCAUCAUCAUUGGUUCCUUCUUUGUUCUCAACCUUGUCCUGGGAGUGCUUUCAGGGGAAUUUGCCAAAGAGAGAGAGAGAGUGGAGAAUCGAAGAGCAUUCAUGAAGCUGCGGCGCCAGCAGCAGAUUGAGCGCGAACUGAAUGGCUACCGUGCCUGGAUAGACAAAGCAGAGGAAGUCAUGCUUGCUGAAGAAAAUAAGAAUGCUGGAACAUCAGCCUUGGAAGUGCUUCGAAGGGCAACCAUCAAAAGGAGCCGGACGGAGGCCAUGACCCGAGACUCCAGCGAUGAGCACUGCGUUGAUAUCUCUUCUGUGGGCACACCGCUUGCCCGAGCCAGUAUCAAGAGCACAAAAGUAGAUGGAGCCUCCUAUUUCCGGCACAAGGAACGGCUUCUGCGCAUCUCUAUCCGCCACAUGGUCAAAUCCCAGGUGUUUUACUGGAUCGUCCUGAGUGUUGUGGCUCUCAACACUGCCUGUGUGGCCAUUGUUCAUCACAACCAGCCCCAGUGGCUCACUCACCUCCUUUACUAUGCAGAAUUUUUGUUUCUGGGACUCUUCCUGUUGGAGAUGUCCCUGAAGAUGUAUGGCAUGGGGCCACGCCUUUAUUUUCACUCUUCAUUCAACUGCUUUGAUUUUGGGGUCACAGUGGGCAGCAUCUUUGAGGUAGUCUGGGCAAUCUUCAGACCUGGUACAUCUUUUGGAAUCAGUGUCUUACGUGCGCUCCGGCUUCUAAGAAUAUUUAAAAUAACCAAGUAUUGGGCAUCCCUCCGGAAUUUGGUUGUCUCCUUGAUGAGCUCCAUGAAGUCCAUCAUCAGCUUGCUGUUCCUCCUCUUCCUCUUCAUUGUUGUGUUUGCUCUUCUAGGAAUGCAGCUGUUUGGAGGCAGGUUUAACUUCAAUGAUGGGACUCCUUCAGCAAAUUUUGAUACCUUCCCUGCAGCUAUCAUGACUGUGUUCCAGAUCCUGACAGGGGAGGACUGGAAUGAGGUGAUGUACAACGGGAUCCGCUCCCAGGGUGGAGUCAGCUCAGGCAUGUGGUCUGCCAUCUACUUCAUUGUGCUCACCUUAUUUGGAAACUACACACUACUGAAUGUAUUCUUGGCCAUCGCUGUGGACAAUCUGGCCAAUGCCCAGGAACUGACCAAGGAUGAACAGGAAGAAGAAGAAGCCUUCAACCAGAAACAUGCACUACAGAAGGCCAAGGAGGUCAGCCCGAUGUCUGCACCCAACAUGCCUUCUAUUGAAAGAGACAGAAGGAGAAGACACCACAUGUCGAUGUGGGAGCCGCGCAGCAGCCACCUGAGGGAGAGGAGACGAAGGCAUCACAUGUCGGUGUGGGAGCAGCGCACCAGCCAACUGAGGAGGCAUAUGCAAAUGUCUAGCCAGGAGGCCCUCAACAAAGAAGAGGCCCCACCGAUGAACCCCCUCAAUCCCCUCAACCCACUGAGCCCCCUCAACCCACUCAAUGCUCACCCCAGCCUCUACCGGAGACCCAGGCCCAUUGAGGGCCUAGCCCUAGGUUUGGGCCUGGAGAAGUGUGAAGAGGAACGCAUCAGCCGUGGGGGCUCGCUCAAGGGGACUACAGGGGCCUUGACCAGUGCCCUGGACAACCAGAGGAGCCCCUUGUCCUUGGGCAAACGGGAGCCACCAUGGCUAGCCAGGUCCUGUCAUGGGAACUGUGACCCAACCCAGCAGGAAGCGGGGGGAGGAGAGACUGUGGUGACUUUCGAGGACCGGACCAGACACAGGCAGAGCCAGCGGCGCAGCCGGCACCGUCGAGUCAGGACUGAGGGCAAAGAGUCUGCAUCAGCCUCCCGGAGCAGAUCUGCCAGCCAGGAGCGGAGUCUGGAUGAAGGGGUGUCUACUGAGGGGGAAAAGGAGCAUGAAACCAGGGGCAGCCAUGGGAGCAAGGAACCAACCAUCCAUGAAGAGGGAAGAGCCCAGGACUUAAGGAGGACCAACAGUCUGAUGGUUCCUAGAGGUUCUGGACUGGCAGGAGCCCUUGAUGAGGCAGAAGAAACACCUCUAGUCCCACCUCAACCUGAACCAGAAGUGGGAAAGGAUGCAGUGCUGACAGAGCAGGAGCCAGAAGGCAGCAGUGAGCAGGCCCUGCUUGGGGAUGUACAGCUGGAUGUAGGCCGGGGUAUCAGCCAGAGUGAGCCUGAUCUGUCCUGCAUCACAGCCAACGCAGACAAGCCCACCACUGAGAGUACCAGCGUCACCGUUGCCAUCCCUGAUGUGGACCCCUUGAUGGACUCAACAGUGGUGCACAUUAGCAACAAAACUGAUGGAGAAGCCAGUCCCUUGAAGGAGGCAGAUAUCAAAGAGGAGGAAGAAGAGGGAGAGAAGAAGAAACAGAAGAAGGAAAAGCGAGAAACGGGCAAAGCCAUGGUGCCCCACAGCUCUAUGUUCAUCUUCAGUACCACCAACCCGAUCCGCAGGGCCUGCCACUACAUUGUGAACCUGCGCUACUUCGAGAUGUGCAUCCUCCUGGUGAUCGCAGCCAGCAGCAUUGCCCUGGCAGCUGAGGACCCUGUCUUGACCAACUCAGAACGCAACAAAGUCCUGAGGUAUUUUGACUAUGUUUUCACCGGAGUGUUCACCUUUGAGAUGGUUAUAAAGAUGAUAGACCAAGGCUUGAUCCUGCAAGAUGGAUCCUACUUCCGAGACCUCUGGAACAUUCUGGACUUUGUGGUGGUGGUUGGUGCAUUGGUAGCCUUUGCUCUGGCGAACGCUUUGGGAACCAACAAAGGGCGGGACAUCAAGACUAUCAAGUCUCUGAGAGUGCUCCGAGUUCUGCGGCCACUGAAGACCAUCAAGCGCUUGCCCAAGCUCAAGGCUGUGUUUGACUGUGUGGUGACCUCCUUGAAGAAUGUCUUCAACAUCCUCAUUGUCUACAAGCUCUUCAUGUUCAUCUUUGCGGUCAUUGCUGUCCAGCUCUUCAAGGGAAAGUUCUUUUAUUGCACUGAUAGCUCCAAGGACACAGAGAAGGAAUGCAUAGGCAACUAUGUAGACCACGAGAAAAACAAGAUGGAAGUGAAGGGCCGGGAAUGGAAGCGGCAUGAAUUCCACUACGACAACAUCAUAUGGGCCCUGCUGACCCUCUUCACCGUCUCCACGGGGGAAGGAUGGCCUCAGGUUCUACAGCAUUCUGUAGAUGUGACAGAGGAGGACCGAGGCCCCAGCCGCAGCAACCGCAUGGAGAUGUCCAUCUUUUACGUGGUCUACUUUGUCGUCUUCCCUUUCUUCUUUGUCAAUAUCUUCGUGGCUCUCAUCAUAAUCACCUUCCAGGAGCAAGGAGACAAGAUGAUGGAGGAGUGUAGCCUGGAAAAGAAUGAGCGAGCAUGCAUUGACUUCGCUAUUAGUGCCAAACCUCUCACCCGCUACAUGCCACAGAACAGGCACACCUUCCAGUAUCGUGUGUGGCACUUUGUGGUUUCUCCGUCCUUUGAGUAUACCAUCAUGGCCAUGAUCGCCUUGAAUACUGUCGUGCUGAUGAUGAAGUACUACUCUGCUCCCUGUACCUAUGAACUGGCCCUAAAGUACCUGAACAUUGCCUUCACCAUGGUGUUUUCCCUGGAAUGUGUCCUAAAGAUCAUCGCUUUUGGUUUCUUGAACUAUUUCCGAGACACCUGGAAUAUCUUUGACUUCAUCACUGUGAUUGGCAGUAUUACAGAAAUUAUCCUGACAGACAGCAAGCUGGUGAACACCAGUGGCUUCAAUAUGAGCUUUCUGAAGCUCUUUCGAGCAGCGCGCCUCAUAAAGCUUCUGCGUCAAGGCUACACCAUACGCAUUUUACUCUGGACCUUUGUACAGUCCUUUAAGGCCCUGCCCUAUGUUUGCCUGCUGAUUGCCAUGCUUUUCUUCAUUUAUGCCAUCAUUGGGAUGCAGGUAUUUGGAAACAUAAAAUUAGAUGAGGAGAGUCACAUCAACCGGCACAACAACUUCCGGAGUUUCUUUGGGUCCCUCAUGCUGCUCUUCAGGAGUGCCACAGGUGAGGCCUGGCAGGAGAUUAUGCUGUCCUGUCUUGGGGAGAAAGGCUGUGAGCCUGACACCACUGCACCAUCAGGGCAGACGGAGAACGAGCGCUGCGGCACGGAUCUGGCCUACGUUUACUUUGUCUCCUUCAUCUUCUUCUGUUCCUUCCUGAUGCUCAACCUGUUUGUGGCUGUAAUCAUGGACAACUUCGAGUACCUGACUCGAGAUUCCUCCAUCCUGGGACCUCACCACUUGGAUGAGUUUGUCCGCGUCUGGGCAGAAUAUGACAGAGCAGCAUGUGGCCGCAUCCAUUACACUGAGAUGUAUGAAAUGCUGACUCUCAUGUCACCACCGCUAGGCCUCGGCAAGAGAUGUCCCUCCAAAGUGGCCUAUAAGAGGUUGGUCCUGAUGAAUAUGCCAGUAGCUGAGGACAUGACAGUCCACUUCACCUCCACACUUAUGGCUCUGAUUCGGACAGCUCUGGACAUUAAAAUUGCCAAAGGUGGUGCAGACAGACAGCAGCUAGACUCAGAGCUACAAAAAGAGACCCUGGCCAUUUGGCCUCACCUGUCCCAGAAGAUGCUGGAUCUGCUUGUACCCAUGCCCAAAGCCUCUGACCUGACUGUGGGCAAAAUCUAUGCAGCAAUGAUGAUAAUGGACUACUAUAAACAGAGUAAGGUGAAAAAGCAGAGGCAGCAGCUGGAAGAACAGAAAAAUGCACCCAUGUUCCAGCGCAUGGAGCCCUCAUCACUGCCUCAGGAGAUCAUUGCUAAUGCCAAAGCCCUGCCUUAUCUCCAGCAGGACCCUGUUUCAGGCCUGAGUGGUCGGAGUGGAUACCCUUCAAUGAGUCCGCUCUCCCCCCAGGAAAUAUUCCAGUUGGCUUGUAUGGACCCAGCCGAUGAUGGACAAUUCCAGGAACAGCAAUCUCUGGAGCCAGAGGUUAGUGAAUUAAAAAGCGUGCAGUCCUCUAACCAUGGCAUCUACCUUCCUUCGGACACCCAGGAGCAUGCGGGAUCUGGGAGGGCAUCCUCUAUGCCACGUCUGACUAUGGAUCCCCAGGUGGUGACAGACCCUAGCUCUAUGAGACGUUCAUUUUCUACAAUUCGGGAUAAGCGUUCAAAUUCCUCAUGGUUGGAGGAGUUCUCCAUGGAGCGAAGCAGUGAAAACACCUACAAGUCACGGCGCAGAAGUUACCACUCCUCCCUGCGGCUGUCAGCACACCGCCUGAAUUCUGACUCUGGCCACAAGUCUGACACUCACCGCUCUGGAGGUAGAGAGCGGGGCCGAUCUAAAGAACGAAAGCAUCUUCUCUCCCCUGAUGUCUCUCGCUGCAACUCAGAGGAGCGAGGGACCCAGGCUGACUGGGAGUCUCCAGAGCGUCGCCAAUCAAGGUCACCUAGUGAGAGCAGGUCACAGACCCCCAACAGACAGGGCACUGGUUCCCUGAGUGAGAGUUCCAUCCCCUCCAUCUCUGACACCAGCACCCCAAGACGAAGUCAUCGCCAGCUUCCACCUGUCCCCCCAAAGCCUCGGCCCCUCCUCUCCUACAGCUCCCUGAUGCGACAUGCUGGCAGCAUCUCUCCACCUCCCAAUGGAAGUGAGGGUGGAUCCCCACUGGCCUCUCAAGCCCUGGAGAGCAACAGCGCUUGCCUGACCGAGUCUUCCAACUCCCUGCACCCCCAGCAGGGCCAGCACUCUUCCCCACAGCACUACAUCUCCGAGCCCUACCUGGCCCUCCAUGAAGACUCCCACACCUCAGACUGUGGCGAGGAGGAGACACUCACCUUCGAGGCAGCCGUGGCUACUAGCUUGGGCCGAUCCAACACCAUUGGCUCGGCCCCACCCCUGCGGCACAGCUGGCAGAUGCCCAAUGGGCACUAUCGGCGUCGGAGGCGUGGGGGGCCUGGGCCAGGCAUGAUGUGUGGAGCUGUCAGUGACCUCCUGAGUGACACAGAAGAAGAUGACAAGUGCUAGAGGCUGCUCCCCCCUCCGAUGCAUGCUCUUCUCUCACAGGGAGAAAACCAAGACCAAAUUGGGAAGCCAGUGCGGCCCGGGGGGGAGGAAGAGGGAGAAAGAAAGAUGGAAAAGGACGCCAUGCAUCCUCCGAGAAGAGGAAGUAAAGAACAGAUGGAAAACCAGUCAAACCCACAAAAUUGCUUUAUUUCCCCUUGCAAGAUGGGCACUGCCAUAGUUCUGCCUUUUUGCUGGGGGAAGAAAAUACAGGAAUAUGGAGGGUUAUUCCCAUGGGAGAAGGGACAUGAGGGUGGCUUGGCUUCCCUUGCCCUUUCUACUUUUCUGUAAGCUACAGAGGGAUCUGGCUAACCUGUGUCUAAGCUCAUUGCUCUAAGCAGCCUGGAAGACUUUCUGGCUUCUUAACUAGGGAGUAGUGGAGACAGUAGGAGAAGAAUCUCUUCCUCGCCAGCUCUUGUGUGGUCACCAUUGCCACCAGAGCAACUGCAGCAGCAUCUCAUGCAUUAUCUUGUAGCUUGUUUCCUCCAAAGAAGCAAAAGCUCAGGCAGGAGCACUGGAUGCCAAGGGGAGGAGGUAGGGAGUGAGAGAUGGGCCAGAGUAGAAGGGACCAGGGUGCUGUGGUAACAGCAGCAAGGGCUGGUCUGGGUGAGAAAAGCCAUAGCCCAGCAGCCCAUACCAUGAAGGUGAGGGCCAAAGAAACAGAACUGGAGGUGCUGGUGGGUAUAGUCCUAGAUCUUGAGGUCUGUCACCCACAUAGUAGGUGCUGCAGUAGGUAAGCUCGAUAAAGAGGCUCACCAGGGCCCACAAAGAUGCCUGUAAGCUCUGGUAAGGGUGAUACUAAUGCCAAUGGCCAGGGCACCGACCACAGAAGAGUUCGGCCACAGUGUGGGAACUCCCUUAUCAGCCUUGGCCCUUUAGAUAUUGGUCAAGGGGACUCCCAGUGGUGUAAGGGCAAGAUGGCUGGGGAGGCCUAAGGGAUGCAAGGCAGAGUCAGUUUUCCAUCAGGCAUAGAAGGACUUCUGUAUUGAUAAGUGCUGUGACCACACUGGACUAGAGACAGUGGGCCUCUGUCAAGCAACAAGGCUAGUGCUGAGCCAAACCCAGCGUGAUCAAGUACCAGUAGUCAGGCCUUUCCUGCCACUCCCCCAAAUGCAUAGGGAACGCACGUCCACAGGGUUACCAAUACAUGGUAGGGACUUCUACAAAGAUGAAAAGACUAGUAGUCUAAAAGGAGAAAACCCUCCCUCAAGGUGUCAGGCUGAAGACCUCCCUGAGGAUGCAUUCUUGGGCUUGAAACAUUCUGUAGCUGGGUUGGUUGGGGUUAGGGGUCAGUUGAUGAGGACACUUUAAGGUGAUUAGUAACUAUACCUCAGCUUUGACCUUGCCUGCUCCUGUUAGCAAAGCAGGCUCUGAGGGGACCCCCCCACCUUCCUUGAAUGUUGCCUGGGCCAGGGCUGGGUUUUACCCCUCCCCAGAAUAAAAGCUGGGCAAAAUACAGCCUUGGCUGCUAAGCCAUUCCUAAUCCCAAAAACAAUCUUUGAGGGAAAAGAGGGCCUUCCUCAGCUAGUCACUUUUGUUGAUAUUUAGUAGCGAGCUCCAUUCUGUGGAAUGUAUCACCUCCUUAAGCCUCUCCCUAGUACCAUCAGAGUAGUUGAACAGAUGCCUUAGGGAGGAGCAUUGGGCAGGGAUGCUCUUUCCCAGCCUCUGUACAGGACUCUGUCUAGGGAGACUUGACAUUGCACUAAGAGCUCAGUGGAUGAACACUCUUUAUCCUUUCCCAGGCUAAGCAGAGUCCUAUGGGAGUCUUUUGUAGGAGCAGUCCUUUUUCUUAGAAGGAACUUCUCUUAGGAAGUUGUUUCCUUUCUAUUUCCCCCACUCUUUCUAACCUUUGGUUGACAAAGAAAUAAGGCAUAAGAGCAUCAGCUCUGAAAAGCCACCUUCCCCAUUUGGCUGCAGAGUGUCACGAUCCCACUUCUAAGUACCAACGGAGCUACAUGACUCAUGGUCAGCCCCAAACCAAAGUAGUCCCAGGAUAAUAGGCCCCUUAGUCUCAGACUCACUCACUUCCACCUACAUUGUCCUCUCCCACUCAGUUCAUGUGUACUCAGGGGAAGCUGGGAAAGUGAGUAUGGUCCUAUCAGGUGUGAUCAUUCCAUAGGUCUGAUACUGGGCCUUGUGUUUGUUUUAAAGUUUUCUCCACUCAGCCUCAUUUCAUGCCAAAGUGAUGCUAUGGGCCUCUUUGUGUGUACAAAAUUGCUUUCAUCUACCCUGGACAUGUAGUUUUCCUUAGAGGUAGGCCUGCACAGGAUGACUGUUCCGAUCCACUGAGCCCAUUGGAUGGUGUUUUGAGAAAGCCAAUUGCAGAGAUACUUCAUGCCAUCCCUAUAGUAGGAGAACUGUGGGCUGACAACAUAAUGGCCAGAAAUGAAAUUUGCCUGCAAAGAAUAGCACGAAUACUAAAUUAACUCUGCUGGAGAACUUCCUGCACAUUCACACUCCUUGCACACACACACACACACACACACACACACACACACACACACACACACACACACACACACACACACAACCUUAAGUGAAGCAUUAUAGCUAUAAAGUGCUGCAGAUGUGCUCACUUGACCAAUCACCUGCUUUUUCUAGUACUGAUGAAAUUACAAACAUGCUUCUUCAACUUCCCUGAGAAAUUGGGAUUCUCUUCCCUUAGCCUGACUUAUUCUUCUGUUAAGACCAGGACAUAAUAGAAGAAUUUCUGUUGAGUGACAAGCUCAUUAUUUUCGUAUCUUUGGUUUUCUAGUGUUUCCUAAUAAACAUGGAUGCCAUCCUUCUCCCUUGUAGCUGGCUAGGACUUCCCUUCCUAGGUAUCAGAAUCUUUCUUUCUUUAAAAGGAAGCCCCUUUCUCAAAGCCUGCGCUUCUCUUCGCAUUGAGAAUGAUAGCUGCAGUUUUUGAUACACAGCAUGAUAAAUGUGGGUACUGGAAAUCUCCUUAGACAAUUCUUUAGUCAGAUGUCCUUUUACCCCAGUGAAUGUUAGUCCUUAUCACCUCAAAGCAAGAGAAGGAAGGAGAGAGGAAAUUAAAAGAGGAAAAGAAGCCAGGCAGGGAGGUAGUGUAACCAGGUUUGCGUUUGCGCACGCCUCUUCAACUUAAGGCACUAGACAGUAGUGCAUAUCACCACCUCUCCAUCUGUAAAAGAAUGCACAAGUUCCAGAUGUGUGGGAGGCUCUGGCCACAGUGCUCUGUGUGUCAGGAAAAUCACCUGUCUGUGAAGGGAUGACACCUUUCAGUAUCCAGGUUCCAUGUGAGCCAGGAUGGCAGUUGCCCCUUGGGAGGCUGUACCACGGUUCUAGCUGAAGAGUCUAUUUUUGCUGCAGGCUUCACAUCUACUUCCCACUUGUUCCUCAUAGAAUACGAGGGCACCAAACACGUCUCCCUGAAGCUAACUCCAAAUGUUCUGAACCUUUCCCUCCCUUCACUCUGAGGCCACAAAGACGUAAAUACCUCAUACUCCAGCCUUCAGUCAGCAUCUCCCUUUCCCAUCUCCAUCCAGCCCACCACCACUGCAGAACCCAGGUGGUGAACUGGAACGUCCUCUGGUCUUCUAUCUCACUCUGUGCUUGGUUGCAUGGUAGCACAGGCCAAACUAUCGAGAUGAUUAAAUCUGAGCUUAUGUGCUGGUGUAGCUGCCUCUGCUGUGCCCUUUGCUGUUAAGGAAUGCUUCCUUCUAAUGAAAUAUCAUCAGGAGUCCACCAGGUGAUCUAAAAUGAGGUGUAAGGUGUGCAUAAAAUACCCAUGUACUCAAUGAAGGCUCACUGCAGAGCAAUUGGGCCUCUUCUGAACAAAAUUUUCAAGUAAUUUUGAGUUUUCAAAAACAAACAUUUCGAUUUCUCAUGGCUUCUAUUUCUGAAGCCUGCAAUAUUUCAAUUUUGGACAGAAUAUUUAAGUGGGUGGAGCUAGAGAGAGGUUGAGAAACUCAUUUCUCAGCUCAGUUAUAGCCUCAAUUUUUAAAUUAUAUGUCAAGAAAUGGUGAACAUAUGCAAAGCAGAUAGUAUCCUGCCUUCCAGAGAUUUUAUGAGACUUGAAGGUUAAAGAACUUUCACUGCGAUUUUUAUUUUACCAGUGUCUUAUCUGUUAUAUUUCGAUACUCUCCAAGACUAGUGAGAAAAAGCAACCCCAUUCCUUAUCCUGCCUGUGUGUCCUUCCCUUCUGGCCCUAAGAACAUUGCACACUGUUCAAGAGGCACAAGAGAGCACUUUGUGGUGUAGGAAGAAAGGAAGAAGUGGGAAAGGUUGUCACUCGCAAGUGGCCAGUCACAGCAUGAUGUACUCCAGGAAAAUGCCCCUAAGGAAUCAGGUCCAGCUCAAAUGACUUAUCUUUAAAUAUUGCCACAUGGAGACACUUAUUUUAACAAAAGCCAAACAAAAUUAACUCAGGGGUUAUGAUCUAACUUCCAGGAAAUGAUCAAAAGUGGUCUCAUGUUAAGUUCCGCCUGUACCAGGAGCUUUUUCCAGUUUUUCCUCUUUGAACCACCCAGGAUGUCCUAGCUGGGUCUGUCCCAAACAGAGCAGCUGCUGAUAACUUCUCUGCUGGCCAAAGACUUGUCAUCUGUCAUGUGCUACUGCUCACCCAGAGCACAUAGAUGUACUACAUGGGGUACAAAGGACUAAAAACAGAAAGAACUCUUUGGUUUCUGGUGGCCACCUUUUCUGGUGGCCACCUUUUCUUUUCCUUGAAUCUUUUUUUCACCCUUUUUCCUAACUGAUAUGACCUUCUAUGAGAGGUUACACCAAGCCAAAAAGAGAAAAUUUACAAGCUGUCCCAACCUAUCCCAAGGGCCUGGAAAGCAUCUCUGAGCAGAGUUCAAGUCAGCUGAGAAGUGUGAGUGACACUCCCAGAAAAGUCUACUGGCGUUUCUGGAAAGGCCUGAGGGAUGGGAGAGCUCCGCCCUUCUAUUUUUCUAAGUGUCCAUCCACCCACACACUCCUGUCAUGCUAUGUAUAGGAGUGUCAGUGCCCUGACCUAAAUGCAAAAAGAGACUUUAUAAUAAGCCAUACUACUAUGUAAGUAUGUUCUUGAGGUUCAAAUUCUAACUUGUGGAGCUUUGAGAGAGCUGGGUAGACCAAGAAGAAAGAAGUGUUGGAAUUAAUAUUUAUUUUUAUCUGUUUGGCGGUUUAUUUUAGUUGAUAGAUGGUUUCUUUAGUUGAUAGAUUAUUUUGUAACAGGCCUGCUCUGGGAUAGCAAAGAAGGAUGAAUUUGUGUUCUAUAGUGUUCUAAAUCUGCUUCUCUUCUAAGAUUAAUUUCUGUCAAAUUAAUGCUAGGAUAAUUGAGUCAAAAAUCUGUUACUGUCUCCUCCAGUCUCUAUUCCAGUCUCUAGUCUUCUUUUCCCUCUCUGUCAUAAGUACCUUGGGCUUUGGUCUCUGUGACUAUUCCGUCUCUCCUCUUUUGAGGGGCUUAAAAUAUAACCUGGAUUUAGGAAAAUUUGCCCUUCCCACCAAAUCAGUGAAAGUCAAGGAAAUUAUAAAACCCAGAAUUUUUUUCAGAACAUCAUUAACCAAUAAAUAAAAAAUGUAUGCCUUGAUAAGAAGAUAAUUUUGUAAACUGUAUACCAAUCUGAUAAAUUAACAUUAUAGGAAGUUAAAAGUAAUGAAUUAUAUCCAGACUUCACAACUAAUUUGUGCCUUCAGCAAGGGUAUUGCAUCCAUUUUUCUUUUCCUUAUUAGGAAAACUGAAAUACCAGCACAUGGCUAGUUCAUGUGUGUGUUAAGUGCUUGUCAGUUAAUAAUGUAUAAUGCACUCAGUCUCCACAAAUCAAUUUAGAAAAAACUUUGCUCAUUAAAUCCCACCAAGGACUUAGAAAUUUCUUGGCAUUUGCUAUAUAAGCAUUUAAUUUUUAAAGGAAUCCUCGGGUUUAAUGGAAGCCAAAACUAAGAACUGCUUUAAUUUUGCCUUCCGUUUGUCUGUUCAUGUUAGCUCUCUCAGACUCUUUUCAUUAAUUGGCAAAGAAAAGGAGCUUUCCUUCAACAAACUUCCUGGUAUUAUCUUCUCUUUGUGGGCACAGCAGAGAUCAAAGAACCACAAACUACCACAAAGGAUCUUCACCCGCACAGCACAUCCUCUGCAACCUGGGUUGAAAGCUGAUUAAAUUUUUCCUCCUUUUGCUUGCAAGUUUUCUAGAUGUAAAAAUAGAUCACUCUGUAUAUUCUAUGAAGGAGAUACAUGACCUUGGACCAGACAGGCUGCUACUUCCUCUUUGGUUCCCUCAGAGGAUGGUCCCAAAUUUAAAAGGAGACUAAGCCAGUCACAUCUGCCAUGUCUGACAUUGACCUGAUAUGAUGACUCAAUUGUUUUCUUUUCAUUAUUCUGAUUUCUUAUGGCAACAACCUAUAUUUCAUAAGCACUAAUGCUUAAAACAAGCAUAUCAAGGACAUUUAUGAGAUGAGCAAGGAAAACUCACUUCAACAUGUCAAAGUGCCAUUAAUCAAUUUUUUAAAAUAAUAGUAGUAUGAAAUGAGGGCUAAACAAUGUCAUUUAACUGCCAAUUAAAGUACACAAUAAUUCUGGUCUUAGUUACAUUUGAUACUGAGUUGUAUACCAUUAAGCAGAUCCCAGUGGGUUUAGUAAAAACAUAGGCAUUGCAUUUUAAUGGCUACCAAUGGGGAUAUAUACUUAGCCUGCAGGUUGAACUUUAGUCAGUGUUUUUCUAUCGUGGUGUUUUGCGAACAAUCCAAAAUUUAUACAAAGCCACCCCAAGUGCUGUAAUUGCAGAGGAACUUCCCUCUUGGUGACAUUAGAAAGCAGUCCAAGUCCAUUCACACUGAGUCCAAGAUUUGGAAUUCACCCAGAAAAACCAGUGGAAGAGAAAUACUUAAUGCCUCAAAUGUGUUUGACGAUUCAUAGCUGGGACGAGUGAGUACUGGAAGAGACACACUGUAGAACAAAGUUGAGGUGGAAGUUAUUAAAAAGUCCCACAAAAAGGAUAGACUUAAAGAUGUUUGACCCUGAUGCCUCCUUUUUACUUAGAUUGUUAAUAAACUCUCUAGCAUGAUGUCAGAUUCGGAGAGGUUCUUUCUGGUAAACUGAUCUAAACUAGUGGACUUGAAUCCUCAGAGGAUUAGAGGAUCCCCUAAAAUCCUUUCUAGAUCUGAAAGAUGGAAGGGAAAAAAAGCAGCCCAAAGACAAUCUAUGACUUUAGUAAUUCAUAUAAUAAUGGAGAGAUUAUGUUAACCUUCCUAGUGGUAUGCACACAGUAGGAGGGAAGGAGAGCUGGUGAGUGGGGCAGUUUUAUAAGAAAUAGAUUUUGAAUGGCAAGGUUCACCGGUAUUACCCUCCAAGGGUAACACUACAAGAAAGUGGACAACAGGGUGCCCAGCUCAUACCCUCUGUCCCUUGGGACCUAAGGCUAGGCCUUGAUUUGCUCUUAGAGAAUGAGCAUGUAGGAAUCAAGGAUCAAGAGAGAAACUGGGUGCUUUGCCUCAGGUUGUAACAAUGCUGCCACCUGCAUUAUCAAACAUACAUGAGUCAAACCCGUGAGAUGCCCCCUUAUGGGCAGCAUCCGCUGGGGUGUGCCAGCCUGACACACUUGCAGUAGUGUGACUGAAUGGCAGUCAAUGCUGGCCCACCCAGGGUAUCGGUGCAUCUCACCUAAAGCCAGAGUUCAGCACUGCAUGUUGAUCAGGUGGAUACCUUGUAAUAUAAAUGCUCGUUUGGAUCCAAAAGGAAAACCAUUAAAAAUAAAAGAAGAUGAACAACUUUAAUGUUGGGGGGGGGGUCAAAGAAAAGUAAAUAAAACUUGUUGUAAAGAAUUAAUUGGCCUGAUUCCCCUCACUUCCCUUGUGUCUUUGCUCCUAUUGAUAAAUUAUCAGCCUGACCAGGACUUGGUUGGGUAACAGCAGCUCUGCAGUUGCAGCAAGUGGAGAUCUCCUCAGCCCAAUUAUGAGUACACCCAGGUAUUCUUAAAGUUCCCAGGAUAUCAUGAGCCCAGAAGGUUUCCUUAUAUUAAGAAUGGCCUUUGCUUUGGAAGAAAAGAAAUGGAUUGCCCUACACACUGGUUCCCUGAAAAAAAAAAAAAAAAAUUGAACUGAGUUUCUGUCCAGGGAAAUAGUCUGUCUAGGUGAAGAGUUUAGUAAAGUAGACAGUCACUAUCUGGAACCACAGGCUUCAUAUCUAGACAAACUAGAAGAGCUUCCUUCAAGAAAGGAAGAGGAUUACAGAACACCUGCAUAGCUGCCAGGUUCAGGAAGGAACUGACUCCUCAAGGCUCUUAGGAAAUACUAUCCAUUCCUAACAUCAGCCCAGAAUGAACUCUUUUUCAGCUGUAAUAGUUUUCUGGAUGAAGGAAUGAAGCAUGCCUUGGGUCUGCAGGCCUAUUUGAUUCUCCAUUCUCAGAAGAACUGCCUGUCUCAUUCCCUUAGAGAAACAUCUUUUUCUAAUUCCAAAUUUAUUAAAUUGUAAUAAUUAUGUCUUUUAAUUAAAAAGAAAUCAAUG